AUGACGAUUCAACACGAGGUCUCCUUUAGCCACGCCGCCGCUGGCGAAACUCAAGAUCAACCUCUCAACGUCAUCAUCCCUAUCGGUGGCAUCGGCUCCCGCUUUGCGAAGCAUGGCUAUCGAUAUCCCAAGCCUCUCAUCAACAUUGUCGGCCGUCCGAUGUUAGCGUGGCUUUUAGGCAACUUGAGGUUCAAGCCUGCUGACACUGUUUGGAUCGCCGUCAAUGAGGACAUUGACGAAGAGUUCCACCUCGGCCAGCUUGUUAGCAAGACGCUGCCGCACAUUGAACACCACAUCUUGAGGUUAAAACAUCAAACCAAGGGAGCAAGUGAGACGCUCUAUAUUGUCAGCCAGUCCAUGUCAAGAGAGAAUCUGCAGCAGAAGACUGUCUCACUGGAUUGCGAUACAAUUUAUUGGGCCGAUAUCCUAGCGCAGGUUCGUGGCUUGCCAGUAGACCAUGGCGCCUGCUUCCACUUCCCUGACGACGGGGAUAAGCCUGUCUUUUCCUACAUUAAAACAGAGCUUCGAAACGAUCUCAAUUACAUCACGGAUAUUCAGGAGAAAAAGGCCAUCUCCAACAAGGCUAACUCGGGCGCAUACGUGUUCCCCAGCGGCUUGCAGCUCAAGUUGGGAGCUGCUGAGGUCCUCGACAUGAGGGAUUUCGAUAACCAAGAGAUUGGCGAAUACUACAUCUCGAAGCUUAUUGCCCACAUGAUUAAAAAGGGCAUUUCCUUUACGGGCAUGGGUAUCCAACAAAAUGACUUUAGUUGCGUCGGCACACCUCAGCAGCUACAGGACUUUCUCUUAUCAAUUAAGACUAGUAAGUGCAACCUCUCUAUCAUAGGUCAGAAGAGUCGUUUCUGCUUCGAUCUCGAUGGGACGCUCGUUGGCCUGCCUGCCGUUGCUGGGGACUACUCGACCUGUCCCCCCAUUGACCGGAAUAUCCGCCUCCUACGAGAGCUGUUUGAAGCCGGUCAUCACAUCAUUAUUCAAACUGCGAGACGCAUGCGAACCCAUAACGGAAACGUCGGAUCAGUUAUUGCUGAUAUCGGACCUAUAACGUUUGCUCAAUUGGCUAAAUACAACAUUCCCUUCCAUGAAAUCAUCUUCGGCAAACCUUACGCCCAUAUCUACAUUGACGACCUGGCUGUUAACGCUAAUCUCGAUACUAUGAGGGAGAUUGGCUGGCUUCUUAAUGGCUCGACGUCUCUCGCGCUAUCCGAACCCGAGGUUGUCCACGAGCAGGCAGUCAAGAAGGGCAUGAUUGCAGCACGCGACUUCAACACGAUUCAGAUAAUCGACGGCAAGGUCAUCAAGUCAAGCAAGUCGGAAAACAUAAUUGGCGAACUAUUCUUUUAUUCCCAUAUGCCUCCUGAGGUUGCCCCUUAUUUCCCCGCUAUCUAUAGCGUCGACCUGCUCCCUGAUACCAACACCUACACCACGACCAUGGAGAACCGCAAAGGACUAACCUUUUCGCAUCUUUUGGUCGGCCGCUCCAUCACCUUAGGUCGUUUCGACUUACUGUUAAAAACUCUAUGUUCGAUUCACUCUAGUCAAAGGACAGACCAGCAGAGCCUCCCAGUAUCGCCAGAGCUUAAGGCACGGUUCAACAAGUAUAUCUUGCCGAGCGUAGGCCUUCAGACAAACAUAUACGCGAACUACGGCUCCAAGCUUCGCUCGCGAUACCAUAAGCACCGCGAUCGGUAUAAUGCGCUCGGCCCCCAGGCUGCUCUACUCUUUGGUCGAUUGAUCGAGAUCCUGGAUAUAUACGAGGCCGAGGACAGGGGCAUUCGUGCAUCCAUUAUUCACGGCGAUUCUGUCUUCAGCAACGUCAUCUUGUCGAAUGACCAGAAGACAAUCAGCUUCAUCGAUGUGCGCUGCCAGCUCGGCGAUACGUUAACGCCUGAAGGCGACAUCAAUUACGAUCUUGCCAAGGUCUUACAGUCCCUCUGUGGCUACGACCAUCUGCUCUUGUUAGGAGAAAACCCUAAGAAGUUGGAACACAUAAUGACCAAGAACAAGCCACUGCUGGAUCAGGCCGAUGCCGAUCUCUUGGAGGAUCUGCAGCAUGCGUUCUUCACCUUCCUGGAUAACAAUUACUCAAUGCGCCUGGACCGCAAGACGUUGCUGCGUAUCACGGCGUCGCUACUUUUUAGCCUGAUUCCUUUGCAUAAACCCGAAAUGGGCUCUGUGUUCCUCCGGCUCUGUCAAGAGACGCUAGAAAAGGCCAACCAAUAA